ACCCCCGCUACCUGUAUAUAUCUCUUGCCAUCUUCCAAAUACAAAUGACAGUCAGCCGCUAUCAGCUUGCCACUUCUGAAGCAAGAAAAGGAAUAUGAACACUAUGGAAAGGGUUAUCGUUUCUAAAAAAUAAAUAAGUAAGUAAUAAAACGGCGGUCAUAGAGAGAAAGUAGUAUUACUAGACAUAACGAGAGCACUUAAUGGACCAGAACUACCGGACCUAGAACGCCACGAUUGGUUCUCAGCAAGGUGGAGUUUUAUGAGUGAGGCCACCAUCGAUUGCCAUUACGCGAUUCGGUUAGCGGAUGGAGGAACAUCGACAGGUCACCCGAAGAUAACUGCUGCCUUUCCUGGAAAUAACAAGUACAUAAAAGGAAACAAGAAGAUAAAAAACUUAGUAGGAUUUUCAAAAUGGAAUUAUAUGAAAUUGUUUUUAAGAAAUAUCAGAUUGUAUACAGAUUUUGCCUUUAGAGGUGUUUUUUUACGAUGUGUGAAUGACUGAUGUUAAGGGAACUAUUCCCGGGUCUCUUAAGUAAAGUUUGUGCGUCACAGGUCGCUGAAAACACUAUUUACUCAGGAGGACCUGAUGAAAACGGGCAGGGCAGUUAGUUGAAUCAAUAUGGCUGAAUUGCAGGGUAGGGGGCACUGGAUGGAACUACCCAAAGCGUCUGGAUGCUUGUAACAGAACAUGGCAACCUUUCCCAGGGCAUCGGUAGCCUCAGAAUAAUGUCUAAAGGUAAACAUAAUUACUAUCCGGACUCUCCGUCUGUCCGCGUAUCCAAGAUGGAUGUUAUCAUCCCGUUCUCCCCAGAUGUGCCCUGUGAUAGCAACGGGCAGCGCAUGUGGUGGGCUUUCCUCGCCUCCUCCAUGGUCACUUUCUUUGGAGGUCUCUUCAUAAUUCUGCUCUGGAGAACUCUCAACUACAUGUGGACUGUCUGCUGCCACUGUAACGCCAAGAAGAAGGGUUCCCAACGGGGCCAGAACCCUGUCUCCCAUGGCGAUGGCAUCAAGCACACCAAGGAGACGGUGGCGGCCCUCAGCGAGGUGGGCUGGAUGACCUCCGUCAAGGACUGGGCCGGGGUCAUGAUAUCAGCCCAGACGCUGACCGGCAGAGUCCUGGUUGUGCUUGUCUUUGCCCUCAGCAUUGGAGCCCUUGUUAUAUACUUCAUUGAUUCCUCUGACCCCAUUGAGUCCUGUCAGAACUUCUACAAAGACUUUACACUACAGAUCGAUAUGGCUUUCAACAUCUUCUUCCUCUUGUACUUUGGUCUACGGUUCAUAGCGGCCAAUGACAAGCUGUGGUUCUGGCUGGAAGUGAACUCUGUGGUGGACUUCUUCACAGUGCCCCCGGUGUUUGUAUCGGUUUACCUCAACAGGAGCUGGCUUGGCUUGAGGUUUUUAAGGGCCUUAAGACUGAUACAGUUCUCAGAAAUCUUACAGUUUUUGAAUAUUUUAAAAACAAGCAAUUCCAUAAAACUGGUGAACUUAUGUUCAAUCUUCAUAAGCACAUGGUUAACAGCUGCAGGCUUCAUACAUUUGGUGGAAAACUCAGGGGAUCCUUGGGAAAACUUCCAAAAUUCCCAGUCACUUUCCUACUGGGAAUGUGUCUACCUACUCAUGGUGACUAUGUCCACUGUGGGCUAUGGAGAUGUGUAUGCAAAAACCACCCUCGGACGACUUUUCAUGGUCUUCUUCAUCCUUGGUGGUUUGGCCAUGUUUGCUCGCUACGUGCCAGAAAUUGCUGCUCUCAUCCUUAAUCGGAAGAAAUACGGAGGGAGUUAUAACUCGACCCGAGGCAGAAAGCACAUCGUGGUCUGUGGUCAUAUAACGCUUGAAAGUGUUUCCAACUUCCUUAAAGACUUCCUACACAAGGACAGGGAUGAUGUCAAUGUAGAAAUUGUUUUUCUCCAUAAUAUUUCCCCUAAUCUUGAGCUGGAAGCCUUGUUUAAGCGCCACUUCACCCAGGUGGAGUUCUACCAGGGAUCUGUUCUCAACCCUCAUGACCUGGCCAGAGUCAAGAUUGAGUCCGCCGAUGCCUGUUUGAUCCUAGCUAAUAAAUACUGUGCAGACCCUGAUGCUGAGGACGCUUCCAACAUCAUGAGGGUGAUAUCCAUCAAGAACUACCACCCAAAGAUCAGAAUCAUCACCCAGAUGCUGCAGUACCAUAACAAGGCCCACCUGUUGAACAUUCCCAGUUGGAAUUGGAAGGAAGGGGACGACGCCAUUUGCCUUGCGGAGCUGAAGCUGGGCUUCAUCGCCCAGAGCUGCCUGGCCCAGGGCCUCUCCACCAUGCUGGCAAACCUCUUCUCCAUGAGGUCCUUCAUUAAGAUUGAAGAGGACACGUGGCAGAAGUAUUACCUGGAAGGGGUCGCCAAUGAAAUGUACACAGAGUACCUGUCUAGUGCCUUUGUAGGUUUAUCCUUCCCAACCAUUUGUGAACUCUGCUAUGUGAAGUUGAAGCUUCUACUGAUCGCUAUUGAAUACAAGUCGGAUAUCAGGGAAAGCAGCACACUCAUCAACCCUGGAAACCAUGUGAAGAUGCAGGAGGGAACCUUGGGCUUUUUUAUCGCAAGCGAUGCCAAAGAAGUUAAGAGGGCACUUUUCUACUGCAAAGCUUGUCAUGAUGACAUCACAGAUCCCAAAAGGAUAAAGAAAUGUGGAUGCAAACGAGUGAUCUAUUCCAAGAUGUCCGUCUACAAGACCGUGAUCCUGGCGUGUUGUUUUGAUUGCGGCCGCUCCGAGCGCGACUGCUGUUGCAUGUCUGCCAGCGCGCAUCGCCCGAGCGAGGAUUCCGCCGAGCAGCGCGGCUUCCCGCUCUCGCCUGUUUCUCGUUACGAUUGCUCCGCCGCCGUACGUGCCUCAAAAAAUAACUAUAACGGAUAUAUCAAAUCAAUUGAAGAGGAGCAGCACUCGACACUGUCACCUAAAAGAAAACAACGCAAUGGAAACACACGGAACUCGCCCCACGGUUCACCCAAAAUGAUGAGGCAUGACCCGCUCCUCAUGCCGGGGAACGAGCAAAUCGAGAACAUGGACGUGAACGUGAAGAAGUACGACUCCACGGGGAUGUUCCAUUGGUGCCAGUCCAAAGACAUUGAGAGAGUCAUCCUGACACGGAGCGAAGCAGCCAUGACGGUUCUGAGCGGCCAUGUUGUGGUCUGCAUAUUUGGAGACGCCAAGUCGGCCUUGGUGGGCCUCAGGAACCUUGUGAUGCCUCUCAGGGCAAGCAACUUCCACUACCACGAACUGAAACCCAUCGUGUUCGUUGGUUCUCUUGAGUACCUGAAGAGAGAAUGGGAGACCCUUCACAACUUCCCCAAAGUUUCCAUCUUACCGGGUACCCCAUUAAGCCGAGCCGACCUCAGGGCUGUCAACAUCAACCUCUGCGACAUGUGCGUCAUCCUGUCGGCCAAUCAGAACAAUAUCGAUGACGCGUCACUGCAGGACAAGGAGUGCAUCCUGGCGUCGCUCAACAUCAAGUCCAUGCAGUUUGACGACAGCAUCGGGGUCUUGCAGGCUACUUCUCAAGGUUUCACGCCACCAGGUAUGGACAGGUCCUCUCCGGAAAACAGUCCUGCUCACGGGGGCCUGGCCCGACAGGCAUCAAUCACAACAGGAGCCAACAUCCCCAUCAUCACGGAGCUAGCGCCAUUAGCAAAGGCAGCAGGCAAAGUCCUGCCUGUGGUUUCACUGAGUCAGGAUAAGAGCAGUGGCAUCAACAUUCAGAUAAUAACUGAACUGGUGAACGACUCCAAUGUGCAGUUCCUCGACCAGGACGAUGACGACGACCCGGACACAGAGUUGUACCUCACGCAGCCCUUCGCCUGUGGCACUGCCUUUGCUGUCAGUGUGCUGGACUCGCUAAUGAGCGCGACGUACUUCAACGACAAUAUCCUCACUCUGAUCCGGACCCUGGUGACCGGGGGGGCCACUCCGGAGCUGGAGGGUCUGUUGGCGGAGGAGAACGCAUUACGGGGAGGCUACAGCACCCCGCAGACCCUGGCUAACCGGGACAGGUGUCGCGUCGCUCAGCUUGCCUUGUACGACGGGCCCUUCGCCGACCUGGGGGACGGUGGUUGCUAUGGUGACCUAUUUUGUAAAGCGUUAAAAACAUACAACAUGCUGUGCUUCGGAAUUUAUCGCCUGAGAGACGCACACCUAAACACACAAAGUCACACUAGUCUGUGUACCAAACGCUACGUGAUAACCAACCCACCCUACGGCUUUGAGCUGGUGACGUCGGAUCUGAUCUUCUGUCUGAUGCAGUUUGACCACAACGCGGGCCAGUCCCGCGCCAGCCUCUCCCACAGCUCCCACUCCUCCCACACCUCCAGCAGGAAAAGCGUCCAUUCCAUCCCUGCCACCAACCGCACCAACCGAGCCAAGAGCAGAGACCUGCGGGACAAACAGAAGACGUGUUUAACAGUUACUGAGGUCGCUGAGUGAACACCUGUGGUCAGUACUGUGGAAAAGACGUGGUUUACAGAUGAGCCUGAGAAUGAAGCCGACCCAAGAAACAUUCACAAAAACCCUGCAACUACCAGAUCCUGCAGCCACACAGCUGACCACCAGGGAACCAGAAACCAGCCUCUCCACUGGAGAGGUGGAGGACGAACGCUGAAAAUGCAGUACCCCGUGUUGACACCUAGAACCCACCUGGAAUGCAUCUCAAGAACCCCGGACCCUAAAACCCAGGAAGCAUCUGUAACCCAUCUUGGGAAGACAUGGUACUAACCAGAACCUGUGGGACUGAAACAUUCUUUGUCAGUCAACAGUCACUGAUCAAAACACAGAAGAAUACAGUAGAACAUUUUUGAAAAAGGACAGUAUCUAAAAAAUUUAUAAAAUGUCAAUGCAUAUCAUAUCAAAAUGCAUUUGGUCACAUUUUAUAGAUAUGAAA